CACUCGAGCUGCUUCCUUCGAACCGCAAAGAUGAAGGUGUUGUCGCUGGUACUUCUGACAUCCGUGCUCUUGGUCAUCGGAGCUGGGGGGAGCGAGGCCAGAAAGGUCAAGGUGAAGAGCAGCAAAAGCAGCGGUGGUGCAGCCGCCAAGAAGAACGAAGCUCCUCUCGUGGAAAUCCACCCCAUGGAAGUACUAGAUCCGAAAGCCGUGGAUUCGAACCACUUCUGGAUCCAGGCGAAACCCGUAGGAAAGACCUUCGAGAACGCAGCCCACGGCUCGGAAGACAGCGGUCGAAAGGCAGCAGGUGAAAUGAAAGAAUUCGAUCAUUUCGAGCAGGAAAAUGCGGUGGAAAUGAAGGACCCAGAAGAAUCUGGAGCCUCAAACGUCGCUGCAGCUGUCGCAGCUCGGGACUUUAUUUCGACGACGGAGAAGUGCACAGCCCCCGACGGAAAAGAAUACAAGACUGGCGACAUCUUCUACGUCGAUUGCGUCGAGUACAUCUGCGUCUACGGGCAGGCAUACAAGACCGGCAAAAAUGAUUCGACGUGCUGCUCAGGCGAGGAUGGAGACUUGUUUCCAGACGGAUCCUCCUUCACCAUCCAGUGCGUUUCGUUCAUUUGCGUGAACGGGAAUUCGAUCCACACGGGAGCUAACGUCAGCGAAUGCUGUGUCGAACCCAACGGGAGAUGGCACUUGAACGGAACGAAUUACAUCUCAGACUGCAAGGAAUACCGGUGCGAGGCGGGAAUCUCUGUCAACAUGCACAAUCGCAAUGCGCCUUGCUGCAUCGGACACGAUGGCCAGACCUACGCAAACGGGGAGACGUACAUGUACCAGUGCGAAGCCUUCAGGUGCUCUGAUGGUGAAUCUGUACCUGUAGAAGCUACAGUAGAUGAAUGUUGCGUCUCAUUCAAUGGAAAGUGGCACAAGAAUUUCGAGGUCUUCUCCGAAGACUGCGUCGAGUACUUCUGCGACAACGGCAUCGCCAUCAAGACUGAUUCUCCCGCAUCGCAGUGUUGCAACGACACCGACGGAAGUUGGCACGCAGCAGGCGAGACGUACAUCUACAAUUGCCAGGCUUACCGUUGUGACAGUGGAGAAUCCGUGUUUCUGCCAGUGGAAGUGUUAGAAUGUUGUGCAAGCACCAAUGGCAUUUGGUACAAAAACCUCGAGACUUUCACCGAAAAUUGCCAAGACUACCAAUGCAUGGACGGCAUAGCUGUUCUGCGCUCCGAGCCAGGACAAGUCUCCCAGAACUGCUGUCGCGAUUUCGAAGGCCAAUGGCGAGCAGAUGGAGAGACAUACGUUUACAUGUGUGAAGGAUAUCUCUGCCAGCGAGGGCUCUUCGUACCUGGGGAGAUCAUUGACGAAUGUUGCAUGAGCAGUGCUGGAGUGUGGUACAGGAACCUGGACACCUUCAGUGAUGCCUGCACAGAGUAUCAGUGCUCCUCUGGAAUCGCCCAGUUCAGGAAUUUCCCGUCUUCUCAGUGUUGUCAAGAUCCGUUCGGCAACUGGCACGAGGAUCAGCAGACAUACAAGUAUGACUGUGAGGCCUUCAUCUGCGUGAACGGAACUCCAGUCUCCACUCCACCCGAUGUCCAAGAAUGCUGCGCUGAUCUGAAUGGUAAAUGGCAUCUUAAUGGGACGUACUAUGAAGAUGAUUGCAUCACGUACUUCUGCAACGAAGGCAUUGCUAUAUAUGUGGAGGGCGCCAAUUGUACGACGACUGCAACCACAACACCUGUUACAGCAACAGCGACAGAAACAGCGACAGAAACAGCGACAGAAACAGCGUCGACAACACCAGAACAUAUCUCAUCCCCGACGGUUCCGCAGACAUCGACUCCAGAGGCAACAACACAAGAAACAACAGUAGGUCAUCGGCAUUCGUCAGAAUUUUCGGGAGUGACGACUAAUGAAUCGCGAGAAACAUCGACAACACCAUCACCACUGUAAUCACGCUAUAGAGAUCAACUCCACUGCAAUCACUGCGACCACCGAUACCUUAAUGAAACAACGAUCGCAACGACGGUGACAAGCCGAAGAAAUGAAAAAAAUAACACAAGCAACAGAAUCAACGAAAGCAAUGACUCAGAGAUUCAAAGAUCACCCCAUCUUGAGCACCGUCAUCAUUAACAAACAACAGCAGCAGUAACUGGCAACAUCAACAGCAGGGUUAUCAAUUAUGAAAAUCUCAACAGGAUGACCGUGAAAAAGAACGACACCACGAUUGCAGUAAGCGAAACUCUAGCAGGAUGAUAGUACCAUCUCCCGCUCUUCGGAAGAUAUAAACGCCAUUGCCUUCAGCGGAACUUCAUCAACCUCUAUUAAGAUGUUUAUUUAUGUAUAACAUCAAAGCAACAACAAAAAGCGAACUGUUUCAAGAUAUGCAGCUGUUCCAGCUAUACUGCAUUCGCGGACGUUGGAAACCAGUACAAAGAAUUAGUACCAUGUCCUCAAUUCAUUAUCGAUAAAAUAAUUUUUUGAAGUAUAAAAUAUAUCGAAAUUAUUUCUCUUGAAACGGAGGUAGUGAAGAGCUUGAUAAAUGAAUGGGCAUUAUCCUUUGAAAUUCAGAACAGUUCAUAAGUUUUAUUAUGGUACCUUAUUUCACCGCUUGAAAUCUUAGUUACACGCGUUAAAGUAGUUUACACUUGUAUUUAAUUUGAAUUUGUAAUAUUAGCUAAAAUGUUUGGUAUAAUAUAUGCAUAUAGUAUACACAUGUAUUAUAAUUCAUUGAAAUUCACAUGAUUUGAAUAAACUGUGAGAAUGUCAAA